CACAUGGCAAUAUAUGCAAAUUCACAAAGUAUUUCAUUCGGCGCCCCGUGCGAUGUGACACACGCGUUCAUCGUUGCUGGCCAGAAGGUGUCCCGUUGCUUGCCCUGGCUUUUUCUCCUUGCAUACAUAUCAACAAAGCCAUACCGCCUACCCCAAACAAUAGCGGCCCAUCCAUCCAUGCCCCUUCCCUCCCUCCCUGCACCCGGCCUCCCUCCAGCACCCCCCACUCGCAUUCCAUUCAAAGGCAAUGCCACCACCACUGACCGCCUCGAUAAUCACCAGCUUCACCUGCUACACCCUUGCAAACCUCCUCGGCCUCCUCAGCCUCGCCCAUGUCGGCCGGCACCACCUCGGCCUACGAGCAGAAGGCGCACCCAGGAAUUAUCUCCAAACGCUCGCGCACACGUGUAUGUUGAUUGUGUAUGCGCUGUCGUUUCAUACUGGGUAUGGUUGCGCGGCGACGACGGAUGGGAAUGAAGGCGGGGAGAGUGCGGGGACGUGUGAUAGGGGUCUGCGGAUACCGGACGGGUUCUUUAUCUUUGGGUCGUUCUUGUUACUGUUUUCGCUUCAGGUAAGGGCCUCCUCGCAGCAAUCCAAUCCUGCAUGCGAUACGACAUCCGCUGGCACACGCUCAUUAAAACCUCCAACAUUCUUUUGUUCACAACCUGUUUCGGCGGCUUCCUCGGCACAACCACACUCUUCGCCAUCCGCCGCGUCCACGGUGACCCCACCACCGACCUAGACGACAUCCGCAGCUGGCUCUUCACCGUCUCCGCCAUGUACACCCCACUGUACAUCAUGGUGACCUCCAUCAUGGUUCUGCGGCUGGUGACGACGAUCAAACGAUCGUUGGCGGCCGCGGUGGAGGAGGGGACUGGGGAUGGUGCGGCUGUUUCCCCUGUCAAGGUUUUGGACACAAUCCGCAAACAAGCAAGCUGCAUCGCCGCGGUGUUUAUCCCGGUUACGAUCGGGGUUGGGGCGUAUAC